AAUAUUGGUUUUCUUUCUUUGUCAAUCUUUAUCGUUUUGAAUUUCCAUUAAAAGCGAUAGUUUAGUGCAUCGAAUGGCUCUUGUGGUAUCAGACGGUGGGACCCAUGAAACCAAUGGUCAGGAUUGUUUCGACGUUUUACACGCUGCAUCGGAUGAUAUCACAAUUGUUAUAAAAUGAAAAAACAAACAACCUCUAACAAACCCCAGCUUUGUAUUUUCGCCUCGUCACUUUUUCGAAUAUAUAUAUUCGCCACACCCGACGCUCUUUCUCUCUCACUCAUGGAGGAAUCGCGGAAGACCCAUGACUUUGUUCGAACCGAGGCGUCCACGGAGAAGACGGAGGAUAUGGACGAUGACAUUCUGGCUUGGAUUUCGUUGGAAGAUGAGACAGUAGGCGAACUCAUGAUGCUUCUGGAUGACGAGGAGAAAAGCCGUCCGGUGGAGGAGAAAGUGAAGUUCAUCGAGGAUCCGUACUCAUCGGCGGUGGUUUUUCAAUCGUCUUCCUCGUACGUGACUAUCAACGGAAACGAAGAGAGUUGCGGUUCAUCUUUCUCUGAAUCGGACUCGUCGAUGAUGGCGAGCGUGGACAUGAACGGAGCGAGGAUUAAAGUGAUGGAAAUCGAUUGUGAAACUGUCGAUAAAUGGAAGAUGUGGAGCGAGGAGAGGUUGAUGAAGGAGGAAGAGGAAGUGUCGGGUGUAUCGGAGGGAAUCAUGAGUUGGGAUGAAGAUGAUUUAGCGAGGUUCAUCGGCGACGAAGAAUAGAUGUUCUGAAACAGUGGAUGACAAAACGGAAAUGGUUAGGGUUAGGGUUAGGGGUUUUGAAGAAGUAGAAGAAGAAGAAGAAGAAGAAAGAGGUAAGGAUGGAGAUGUAAUUUUGGGGGUUAACAUUGUUAAUAGAGAGAAUAUACACAGAGUUAGUAAGAUGAUAGAAAUUUGAAUGGAAAUGAAAAACUACUUGUCGUUUUCCUAUUUUCUUCCUUUUCUAUUUCCUACAAAUCCCAUUGUUCGAUUUGUCG